AUGGUGAAGGAAGUUGCCGCUAUAUCUCACUAUUUUCCUACUCUUCAUACCAAAUUGGAUAUCAUUGCAUUUGUGGUUACAAAUGUUGUGAAAUGGUAUCAAUCCUUAAUUUCGAAGCUUGAUAAAAUAGUAGAACUUGAUACACAAAGUUUUUCUAAGAUUGAAGAUUCGUUGAUUAACCUUAACGAUUUAGUCUCGAAGAUUGGUUCAUCAUCUUCGCUGAUUAAUCAUGAUUCUUUAUUCCAAAAGUUUGCUUCUUUGGAGUCGACACUCAAAGCUGAAUUGGCUCCUUUAUCCAAGUUAUUGAAUUUGAUGCCAAUGAAUGCCCCACCUGUUCAAACAGGGGUGCAAGGGAGAGAAGGAAUUGGUGAUAGCAUUGCGGUGAGUUCAAAGGUUAGCAUGGGGGCAGUGGAUCUUCAAAAGUAG